AGGCAGACGGCGCUCCCCGUCUACAGCCCCGCUUUAGUACCUCGUCUCUUCGCUGAUAGGCUGAGAAGUAGGUCUCGUCUGAGCAGCCAAUGACGAGGCGAAUCGAAUUCUGACCAAUAAAACCAGGCUAUUGAGGAAUGAUGAUGCCUUGUAUUUUGCCCAAUGAGAGUGAGCAAGGCUGAUACUUCAUUUGCAUAAGGGGGCUAUAAAUAAGCACGAAGUCGGUCACCGUCACUUCGCUUCUGGACUCGAUGUGGAGCUGUUGUAGUGAUUUGUGGGAGUCGCGCGUUCGCAGCCAUGCCUGAGCCGGCCAAGUCCGCACCCGCGCCCAAGAAGGGCUCCAAGAAGGCGGUCACUAAGACGCAGAAGAAGGGCGACAAGAAGCGCAAGAAGAGCCGCAAGGAGAGCUACUCCAUCUACGUGUACAAGGUGCUGAAGCAGGUGCACCCCGACACGGGCAUCUCCUCCAAGGCCAUGGGCAUCAUGAACUCCUUCGUCAACGACAUCUUCGAGCGCAUCGCCGGCGAGGCCUCGCGCCUGGCGCACUACAACAAGCGCUCCACCAUCACGUCGCGGGAGAUCCAGACGGCCGUGCGGCUGCUGCUGCCUGGCGAGCUGGCCAAGCACGCCGUCUCCGAGGGCACCAAGGCUGUCACCAAGUACACCAGCUCCAAGUAAAUAGCUGCUAGAAAUACUGUAUAACCCAAAGGCUCUUUUAAGAGCCACCCACUUUUUCAAGAAAAGGGCUGUACAGUCAACUAAGAACACUUUA